AAUACCAAAAUCUAUUUUUAAAGGUGAACCAAUACCAGAGUCCACUCUUGAAGGUGAAUCAAUACCAGAAUCUUCUAUUAGAGGUGAAUCAGUACCAGAAUCCAUUCAAGUUGGUGAACCAAUACCAAACUCCGCAAUUGAUGGUGAAACAGUAACAGAAUCCAUUCCAGUAGGUGAGUCAUCACCAGAAUCCAUUCCUAAAUGUGAAUCAAUACCAGAAUCCACUUUUGCAGGGAAAUCAAUAACAGAAUUCAUUCCUGGAGGUGAACCACAACCAAAAUCCACUAUUGACGGUGAAACAGUACCAGAAUUCAUUCCAGUAGGUGAAUCAUCACUAGAAUCCAUUCUUAAAGGUGAAUUAAUACCAGAAUCCACUCUUGCAGGACAAUCAUUAUCAGAAUCCAUUCCUGGAGGUGAAGCAAUACCAAAAUCCACUAUUGAAGAUAAAACAGUACCAGAAUCCAUUCCUGAAGGUGAAUCAGUAUUAGAAUCCAUUCCUGGAGGUGAACCAAUACCAGAAUCCAUUCCUGAAGGUGAACCAAUAUCAGAAUCCAUUCCUGAAGGUGAACCAAUAUCAGAAUCCAUUCCUGAAGGUGAACCAAUAUCAGAAUCCAUUCCUGAAGGUGAACCAAUAUCAGAAUCCAUUCCUGGAGGUGAACCAAUAUCAGAAUCCAUUCCUGAAGUUCAAUCUGUACCAGAAUCAACUAUUGAAGGUGAAUCAUCACCAGAACCUACUCUUGAAAGGGAAUUAGUAUCCAAAUCCAUUUCUAAAAAUGAAUCAGUACCAGAAUCUACUCUUGAAGUUGAUUCCAUACUAGAAUCAUUUCAUGAAGGUGAAUCAGUACCAGAAUCCCCUCUUGAUGGUGAAUCAGUACCAGAAUCCCCUCAUGAUGAUGAAACAGUACCAGAAUCCAUUCCUGAAGGUGAAUCAGUACCAGAAGUUGAACCUAAAGGUCACUUUGCUGAGCCUAUUCCAGAUUGGGAUGUUGCUAUGAAACAGUACAAAUGGGGAUGGGAUUUUUUGGUCUAUUUGUUUGGAAUAAUGUUCCUUUUACUUGGAUCUUACAAUGUUUUUAAUAUUGUUCGUUUAAUACCAAUGCAACAUUUAUUCAGUCGGAAUUACUUUGUGAUGUUGAAUAUUUUGAUUGCCAUCAUAGCUAUCUUGAGAGGAUUAUAUCUUUUAAUUGAUGCACAAAACAGAAAUGAGACAUUUCCCAUAAUACUUAAUUACUUCCUGUACAGUACAGCAUUUCCAUGUUUGACGUCUGCUUUUAGUAUAUUGUUUUAUGCAUUGUUACUGGCAACCAAGGUCCAGGUGCUUUCAACAAAAAUACAGAAACUUACAGUUCUUAUUGGGAUAAUUAUUUUUCAUUUUGGGUUGUCAAUAGUUACUGACAUUAUUGUUGGGUUAUUUGCCAGAGCACAGGUAUUAAUGUUAAUCUGUCAGCUUUUCUAUAUUGUAUGGGGAACAAUUUUAUUUGCUGGAUUUUUAUACAUAUUCACGAAGUUGAGAACAGCAGCAAUACGUCGUUCAAAAAUUUCCAUUCACAGAGGACACACAGACAGAUUUACAUAUCAAACUAGAAGGACGGCUAUAAGAAGAAAUGUUAUAUCUGUUUCAAGUGACUAUACUUCUAGAAAAAUAAAGAGAGGGAAAAAGGCUAAAUAUAAUUUGAAUACCUCAGUGAAAAUUACUCUGAUAGCAGCAAUUCUUGGCCUUGUAUGUGUUCUGCUGGAAAUAUAUGGAAUAUUUGGUGUAUAUAAGAUUCAAGUAGAUAAUCAUUUGCCUGAACCAUGGCCUUAUUUCUCUUACCAGUUUCUUUUACGAUUGGUUGAAUUUUGUAUGUGUUUUUUAAUGGUAUACGUAACUACACAGUCUGUUAAUUUCCAAAGAACAAGUUGGCAUGACAUUGUUGAAAGAGUAUAUGAGACUUUGGGAUGUAUUUGCUGUACUCAUCAGCAAAAUGAAACAAAGAGCUUUGAAUUCAUAUCACCAGCAUUUGAAGUCAACAAUAACAUUGAUGAAAUUCAUGAAUGGGUAACUUCUAAAAUUCAUGGACAAAAUAGAAAGGAGAAACCAAGUUUACAUGCAAGAUUCAAAGAACGCUUUGUUAAUCGAUUUGGAAGGUCAUUAACAACCAAUCUGCCAGAUCUGGUUCAUGGUGCUGUCAUUCAAGAAAAAAGAAAUGCUAGCAUUGAUCUCAGUAGUUCUUUUAGUGUUGAAAUCCAUGAAGAAUCUCAGAAUAAUUCUAUUUUCAUCAUAGAAAUGGAAUUCAAUGUGAAGGACAUUGAAACAAUCAAAUGUGAUUUCCAAAUUAACAAACCACAAACAUGUGACAGCUCAUCAAUUGACAGAAUUAGUUUUGUUACUUCUGAAACUUUUGGAAGCAAUUUGAAUUUGUCUGCUGUGAGUUUGAUGGAGAGUAUGGGGAGAGAAUACGAACAAGCAUUUGAAAGACGUUUUGAACAAACUAGUUUACACAAGUCUGCUUCUGACAAAUUGUGCACAGAUGGUCUUGAAGGUUCAGGACUAAAACUUUUGAACAGUGAACCUGAUUUAUAAAAACUGAUCAUUAAGUUUUGAUAAACAUUCUUAAUAACAAGAU